AACCAAGAUCAACUCAGCAGCAGUAGCAAUUUUGUGUUACUUCCAGCCAAUUUUUCUUUGCAAUGAAGGUCUUCGCUCUCGUCCUUGUGUUGGCCGCGGCCGCACAUGCUGGCAAAGUCCACCCUGCCCUCAAGGCUCGCUUGGCCAGUGGUGAGGUCAUGGACGUCAUCAUUGAACUCCCAUCCCUCGAGGACAUUUUCACUUCCCCCUUCGUCACGGGCAGGAGCACAGUGGAAGCUCGAACUGCCAACAUGAUUUCCAUGCUCAAGGAUAGGACUGCAGCCUCUCGCAGACCCUUUGUCAACAUCCUGUCCGAACUUGGCCUUUCCAACCAGAGGUCCAUUGCUGCCCCUUUGUGGAUCAGUAACAGGUUUGAGGUCAAGAACUGCGACGCGGCUUUGGCUGAAGUUCUUGCCCGAGUUCCUGGCGAUUUCGUAAUCCGAGAGCCCAAAAUCGUUUCCAUCAUUGAUGGAAUUGAGUCCAAACCCGUCAGCAUUGAAGAAGUGCGUCAGAAUGAAGCUCAAUGGGGAGUGGCUAUGAUUAAGGCUCCUGCGGCUUGGAACACAACCAAAGGAAACGGCAUCGUCGUUGGAAUCAUCGAUACUGGAGUUCAUCUUAACCACGAAGCCCUUAGAGACGCUUAUGCCGGCGCAUGGCACGACCCAACCCACAACCGACCAACCCCCGAUGAUAUACAGAGCCACGGUACACAUUGCAUUGGUUCUACGUUAGGACGUUCCAACGGUAUCGGUGUAGCCCCUGAAGCCAGGUGGAUUGCUUGCCGUGGUCUCAGCGACUUCGGAUCAGGAUCUGAAGCCGAUCUCCUUGACUGCGCCCAAUGGAUGUUGAGCGGAGCUGACCCCAAGCCUCAUGUCAUUACAAAUUCCUGGGGAGGCGGUUCCGGAGAUCCAUGGUACAAUGAAGCCAUGCGCGCCUGGAUUGUGGCCGGUCAAAUUCCAGUUUUUGCUCUGGGAAAUUCAGGCCCCUCGUGCCGCUCGGCUAAUUCACCUGGUGACUCAAUUUACACCAUCGGUGUAGGAGCUACAAACAAUGCUGACCAAAUGGCAUCUUUCUCAUCUCGAGGACCAACUGCCACCAUGCUCAAACCCGAAGUUUCAGCUCCAGGUCAGGAUAUCAUAUCUGCCGGAAAUUCAGGCACAAAUUCAUACACCUCAAAAUCUGGAACCUCCAUGGCAACUCCUCAUGUCGCUGGAGCCGUCGCCCUUCUUUUGGCUCAAGACCCAUCUCGAAACUUUUAUGCUAUCAAAGACCUUUUAGAAACUACUGGAGAUCAGCCACCAGUCGACCCUGCUGACGUGAACUGUGGAACUGGUCAACAGUGGCCAAAUAAUGCGUUCGGACACGGCAGAAUAAAUUGCGAAAACUCUGUCAAUGCUAACACCACAUCUAGCGUGAUUUACUUUUAAAUCCGCUCUUUAAAUUGGAUAAAAUUAAUAAUGAAUGUAUGUAUUUUUGAGUGGGUUUGAUUAAAGCAAAAACAAAUUUUUCAGUAA